AUGAGUUUACCUUCACCACCAGUUUUGAAAACUACUAUUAUACAACUAAACAAAGAGUUGGAUCCCGAAGAUGAUAACAACAACUACGAAAUAUUAACCAAUGAUUAUAAUAAUUAUGGCAGCUCGAACACAUCGGAUGCCGGAUCAAUUCCUACGUCCCCCAUAAUAGAGGUUUCCGGCACCACCAAAAGCGGAUCAGGUCUACCAAAUAAGAAAAAAAGACGAAGAUCAACUGCAAAUAUCGAUUCUGAAGAAUUAGCAAAACGUAAAAAUGAAACUAAACAAUUACAUUCAAUUAUUGAGAAAAGACGAAGAAUAAAAAUCAAUCGUGAAUUUGAAGCUUUAAAAUAUUUGAUCCCGGCCUGUCGAAACUGUAAUACUGGUUCCAGUGGUGGUUCUGCCACACCAACUUCGUCAACUAAAAAGGCUUCAACAAACAGUAAUAACAAUGGCAAUAAGAUUGAUGGAAUGUAUAAACUCACAAUUCUCAAAUCUUCCGUUGAAUAUAUUUUAUAUUUGCACCACAUUAUACAAAAGCAACACCAAUUAUUGUCACUGAUUAGUGCAAAAGACACUAAUGGAGGAAUACUUGCUGAAAAAUUGAAGGCAUUCGAGGAUUUUGAUAUUGACUUUGCAAAAGUUCCAUUGAACGUUAACCAGUAUCGAAAUAUUGAUAAAGAUUUUAAUUUCAAAGAUUUAAUGCAAGACCUAGAUGGUAGAUCAGUGAAUACAGAAUCACCAGAAACAAUAAUAGAAGAGAAUGAACCUGUUUCUGAGACCAGUUCUACUAACAAUACUACCACGUUGCAUUAUUCUAAUUCUUCUGUAUUACCUUCCAGAACAUCAAGUAUUGUUUCUAGUCGUCAAUCACUGCUGUUACCAACACCUGAGUUGACUCCAAUACUAUCAAUAUUGAACAAGUAUUCCACCAGCAAUAAUCAAUUAAAUAAUAGAAAAAAUUCCAAUCCAAUCUCACCACAAACUGUUUGUAUCAAAUCUCAAAACCCAUCACCAUUUACCAUGCCAAUGAAAUCUUCAUUAUCAACCAGUAUCGUUAAUUCACCUUCAUCGUCUUCCUCCUUAAGUGGUAGCAAAAGUUAUAUGGCUGGCAAUAAUGCGGUAAAUACAGUAAAGUUUUCAUUACCAGAUCCUGUAGUCAAUCCAAACUCAACUUUAAAUGAUAACAUACCUAGAAAGGGACUCAUAAGUGGAAUACCAGAAGAAGAGGAAGAGGAAAAGAUAAAUAAAGGUCUGGCAAACACAGAAACUGUGAAUUCAGGUAGUGCAAGCAGCGACGAAAACAAUGAUAAUGAUAGAGGAGUAUUGCUCAAAUUAACUGAUCAAGACGUUUCCAAAACUUUACUUGCUUUGAGGAAAUCAAGUAUAGAUAGCCUUUUGAAUUAA